AUUGAUGGUUCAACAGCAUUACACAGUGCAUCAGUAGUUGGCUCAGUCUCUUUCAUUCAGUUACUAUUAAUGAAUGGAGCUAAUCCUAAUGCUAGAGAUAAUGAUGGUAGGCUUCCAUUACACUGGGCCACUGCAUCACGCUCUGUUGAAGCACUGGAACUAUUACUGAAGGAGUCUCAGUAUAAUGUUGAUGUCACUGAUGGUUCUGACAUGACUCCAUUGAUGUGGUCCUGUUAUAAUAAAAAUGAAUUAAUAGCUAAAAGACUAAUAGAACUGGGAGCUGAUGUACACGAGAAAGACACUGAUGGAAGGACAGCAGCUCACUGGGCUGCUAAAAGGAGUGAUAUUAACAUGUUGAAGUUGAUCCUAAAACCUGACAUGACUUAUUUCAAGGAUAUUAAAGGUUGUACUGUAAUGCAUGUAUCAGCUCAUGAAGGUUUUCAAGCUGGUAUAGAAUACAUAAUGAGCCUGAGACCUGAGAGUGUUCAUGACACAGACAAAAUGGUAACUUACUAAACAUGUACAGUGUACAUGUACA